AUGCAACCUGCAACGGACGCGGAGGUGGUAGGGGGAGCUGUGAAGCAAGAGCCAGAGGAGAUCGUGGUCGCAGUAGACGGUGACGAGGAGGUGGAAGCUGAGAAGGUGGUCAAGAGGAGGAGGAGGAAGAAGAAGACGGCCUGCGAUCCGCACAAGAAGCGGGCAUGCGUGGAUUGCACCAAGAGGUGUGCCCGGAUCCAUGGCCGGCCCGCUUCGGCGUCCGCAUUGCCGUCUUCCAGCAAUGCGCGGCCGGUCCCAGCAGUGCCGUCCUUCUUCAAGGUCAUGAUGGGCUACUUCUCCGAGGACAUGGAUAUACCACCCCCAUUUGCCCGGACAAUCUGGGACCUGGCAGGCUCCAACAUUUUUCUUGAGGACGCAUUUGGGCUCCGGUGGCGCGUGCGGCUCUGCUUGCGCGACGGCGUACUGUCAUUUGGGCAUGGAUGGAAGAACUUUGUGCUGGACCAUGCCGUCAGCUGUGGCGAGUUCCUGGUGUUCAGGCAGAUUGCCAGGUCGGUCUUCACCGUGCAGAUGUUUGCCCCAUCUGCUGUUGAGAGGCUGUAUCUCUGUGAGAAGAACAAAAGGCAGAGCCGGAAGAGGAAGCCCAGGCAGAAAACAAGCUCUCCCAGCAUCCAGACAGCGAAGAAGGUAACCAAGAACAGCGUGAAAAACUGUAAGAAGAGACAACGUACUGAUGAUCACCAAAAUGGUAUACGCCUGAGAGGCCGUAAGAUCAAGAUGGCAGCUAAGGUCUGCAUCGACGACUCUGACGUUCCAGAUUCUGUAUCUGAGCUGAAAUGUUCAGACGCAUCAGAGAGAGUACCGGAGGCUGGAGCCGCAGAACCACAAGAAAUUUCUGAGGCCCCUGCGGGACAUGAGUGUGAAGCUCAGGAGGUGUUAGAUGGAGAGGCAGAAAUAGCCGAUUACAGCACAAUGCUUGAAGAGAAUGAAAGCAAUUACAAUGCUAUUUCUGCAAGUAUUGUGCAAGUCUCUGCUGCUAAUGAAAUAGAGCAUGGCGAGGGCUUGAAUCUGCCGACAGAUUUUGAUGCUAGUGUACCUCUUGCUAUGAUGGAUCUUAAUGAACUGAGUAUAGACGAUAUAUUUCUGUCGGCUGAUAUAUAUGAAUUUGAAAGAGAUAUGUGUAACCCAGAAUCAUUUUCUGUUGAUCUGAGUAUGGAAGGGCCUAUUACUACUGGACAAAACUCAGGAUUCAGUUGCCUUGAGGAUACCCCGCAGAAUCACCUUUCUUCUAUGGGAGACGGUCAUCGUUCUCUGAUUCCAGAAGCAGUACUUUGUAUCGAAAAUAAAGAGAUGACUGAUGCACUAGGAACAGGAACAUCAUAUUUUGUUGACUCCUCAGUGCAUGAUAUAGACAUCAACGCGCUGCCCGCUAAUGAGCCUCCAUCAUUUGGAGAGGAUAACUCUUCUCCUCAAACUGAUGCUGAAAUGCAUUCUAAUGAAUGUGGAUUAAGCAGCUGUAAUAAGGAUAAACGCAAUAGUUUGCUCCCUCCCGUAAACAAGCAAGCUGCACAUAAAGAAUAUUCUUCCAUGACCACGAAGCAGGAUGCACCACAAAGUGGCCAAUGUAACAUGCAAGAUGGUAUAGGACGACAGCAUGCUACUGAAAUCAUGUCGAGAAGCGCGAAGCCUCAUGAACUUCCUGAUCUCAGGCAGAAUCCUCUGCAAACUGGAAACGGCUCUGAAUCCAUCCACAGUGGAACCUCUGAAUCUGGUGGUGUUCUUGCGCUCACAGCAAACAGCGUCAAGUUUUGCAUCGAUGUGCCUGCACCAGGGCAAACAUGGCUUGAGCUUCCCGGUCGACUGCCGGUUCUUCCAAGAACGAAGAAACAUGGGAGGAAGGUUGUAAUACUCAAGGACCCAUGCAUGAGACUCUGGCCUGUGCUCUACCAAUGCACCCCUAGGUUCAACGGCUUCAUCACCGGCUGGGUUGACAUCUGCAGGGAGAACAGCCUGCAGGAAGGUGACACCUGCGAGUUCGAACUCAGCGGUAACUCUGAACUCUCAUUCAAACUCCAAGUGCGCGUGCCCAAUACGCAGUAG